AUAAUUUUUAAUGGAAAAGACUAAAAAGACACGAUUUAAUUAAUUUCUAAAAUUAAAGAUUUGGACAUUCAAUUAAUUCUUAUGGAAAGAAUCUUAUUAUUUUUGGGGGAGAAACCAUUUCUAUUAACAAAAGUUUUAUUUCUAAAUAAUUACUUUCAGAUGUUUUUGUUUAUAAUUUAGAAAAUUAAAACUGGAAAGCUAUGCUAUGUACUGGAGGUUUCAUUUAACCUAGAAGAAAUCAUACAGCUGCUUUAAUUGGUAGAAGCUUAAUUAUACAUGGAGGUAUUAAUAAUAGAGAACAAGUUUUAAAAGAUUUAUGGAUAUUAGAUAUUGGAAAUUAAUCUUGGUUAGAAGUAAUUUUAUAAACUGAUUUUGAUUUAUGCUUUCAUAAAUGUGCAGCAGUUUAUCAUGGACAAAGAUGUGGUAAAAUUAAUUUAUAUAAAAUGUAGGAAAUUAAAUUUACUAAAUUGGGAGCUAAUAUAAAAUAUGAAGGAAUAUAUUUUUUUGGAGGUAAAAAUUCAAAAGGAGAAAUUUCUGGCGAUUUAAAAAUUCUAAAAACAGAUAGUAAACCAUUCUAAUGGAUAAAACCUGAAACUUAUGGCUAAAGUCCAUCCCCUCGUUAUUCACAUUCCAUGGAUUUUUGUUAAGAGAUAAAUUUUUUGGUAAUUCAUGGCGGAUAAAACGAUAAUAUAGCACAUAAUAUGGUAGGCUUAUCUGAUGGAUUUAGCGAAGUAAAAAAAGCUUAUAUAAUAGGCGAAGCAGCUGAUAGGUGUGAAGAAUUGUAAUAAUUUACAAUAAUUAAGUGUAAAAAAUACAAAGAAUAAAGUUAAACUGAAAGACUUAUCAUAUAAUCUUAUUAAAUAAUUUAUACUAAUAUUGAUACUAUGAUAGGAAAACCUUUGGAACAUAAAUAAUUUAAAAAAUAAAAUUUUAUUAAUCAUGAAGGAUCUAAUAUUAUUCCGACAAAAUAUUAUAAUGAAGAAGAAGGCGAUUUACUUACAAUUGCUGAGUUAUACCCAAAUAUUGAAUAAUUCAAAUUUAAAGCCAGAGUAACUAAGAAAGGAACAAAAAGAAAUUUCACAACAAAAAAAGGAACUAAUAGUUAUCUUUUUGGAAUAGAUAUUAUAGAUAUAAAUUAAGAUGAAAUGUCAAUUACUUUUUUCGAAUAAGAAGUUGAUAGAUUUAUUGAUAUAAUUGAAUAAGGACAUACUUAUAUUUUUUAAAUUGGAAAAAUAUAAUCUAAUGAUAAUAAUUAAUAUAAAAAAGGCAAAAUAUAAAUGACAGCCUCUAGAGAUACAUAAAUAAUGGCUAUAGAUGAAGAUAAGAGAAUAACUCAAUUAAAAAUCGAAAGAAAAAUGCUAUCUGAUAUUUAAUAGUUAUCUAAAAAUGAUAAAAUAGAUGUUAUAUGUUUAGUUAAUAAAGAAGAAAGGAAAAUAAUAACAUUAAAAACAGGUGAAUAAAGACCUAAAAAAGAGAUUUUUAUUUUCGAUGAAUCUGGUGUUGAAGUAGAAUUCGAUAUUUGGGGUGAUGAAGGAGACUAAAUGACAUAUAAUAAAGGAGAUAUUUUAUUAAUAAAAGAUGGAAAAGUAGGUGAAUAUAAUGGAAAUAAAUUCCUUUAAUGGUCAUCAUUCAUGACCUAGAUUAUUACAAAUCCUGAUCCUUAGAGUUUUAAAGAUGCUAAGUUAAAUAAUCAAUUGGAUGAAAACUUAAAAAUUUGGACAGAAAUUAGAGCUUUUAUUUUAAGAGUUAAGGACACUCCUUUAUAUUAUAAUGCCUGUCCAAAAUGCCUAAAGAAAAUUAGAGAAGAAGGAGAUAGUUGGUAUUGUUAAAGUUGUUUAGAGAACAGAAGUGAACCAUAAGCUAGGUAUAUUUCUAGUAUAUGUAUUGGAGAUGCAAGUGGAUAAAUAUGGGUUAAUGCUUAUGAUGAAGUAGCUAGAGAAAUUUUGGGAUGCUCAGCUGAUGAAUUUAGAAUUUUGGAUAAAAAUAAUGAUAUAGAAACAGAAAAUAUGGCAGAUGGAAUUAGAGAAAAAACUAUCAUAUAGAAAAUUAAAGAAUUUAAUCCAAUUAACGAAUCUAAGAAAUUCUUGAAUAUGAUUGAUAAAUAUUAAGAGUUUGAAUGA